CUGAUUUCGGCGCCGCUGCAACUCUCUGCGCGCGCGUCUCUUCUGACUUCGUUUCUUUUCAAAACAACCAGCGUUGUUCGGCGCAUUUUGGAUAAAGAAUGCGUGCACCCACGUUGCGCGGCAACUGCUGUUUCGUAAUUAAUCAUAAAUGAGUGAUAUUAACGUGAACUGUGCGUUCGCCGGGGAAAUUCGUGUUGCGCGUGGUCCUUUCGAAAUGUUUGGGAAGCAUUAAGAUAUAAAAUCUGGAUAACUUUCGGGUAAUGAGAGAGAGCUCCAGGAAUGCCUUAUGUGGAUCGCCAGAAUCGUAUCUGCGGCUUCUUGGACAUCGAGGAAAAUGAGAGCAGCAACAAGUUCCAGAGGAGGUACUUCAUCCUGGACACUCAGGGCAACCUCCUGCUCUGGUAUAUGGACAACCCACAGAACUUGCCCAGUGGAACAAAUGCUGUGGGUAGCCUUCAGCUAACAUACAUCUCAAAGGUCAGCGAGGCUACGGCGAAGCAGAAGCCCAAGGCGGAGUUCUGCUUUGUCAUCAAUGCCUUAUCUCGGCGAUACUUCCUUCAAGCCAACGACCCAGCUGAUUUGAAGGAAUGGGUGAUUGCCUUGAAUAAAGCCACCAAGAUCACCGUGCCAAAAGUAAGCAACGUUCCGCAGAACUCCGACGUGACCAAGCUGACCCCAGAGCACCAGCCCAAGAAGCAGCAGGCGUACAAGACGGAGAUCAUCGGCGGGGUGGUGGUGCACACGCCCAUACACCAGAAUGAAGGCGAGGACACGGAGGCGGCCGAGCCGGUCACGCGGGCUCCCGCGCGAGGCCUGCCCAACUCCCUGGCUGGCAGCAGGCCUGGCGUGGUGAGAUGGGGCUUCUGCGUCAAGCAGGGGAAUGUGAGGAAGAGCUGGAAGAGAAGGUUCUUCACCCUGGAUGACAAUUCUGUCAGUUACUACAAGUGUGACACGGACAAGGAGCCUCUCAGAGCCAUCCCUUUGAAGGAUGUCCAGAAAGUGCACGAAUGCCUGGUGAAAUCAGGGGAGCUGCUGAUGAGAGACAACCUGUUUGAAAUCAUCACAAGUUCUCGAGUUUUCUACAUACAGACAGAUACUCCGGAGGACAUGCACGGCUGGAUCAAGGCCAUUUCAGCUAAGAUUCAGGAAUUACGAGGUCCUGUGAAGGACUCUGGGUUUAUGCGCUCCACGUCUCUGCACCGUAGUGGCGUUAAGGCCUCGGGUGCUGGGCCUCGAGGCCGACAGGUGGUGGCAGAGGAGAGGAAGGUCCCUCUAGUCAAGUCCUGUUCUGUGGCUCCGUCCUGGCAGCCCUGGACCCCUGUACCUCCCUCUUCACCGGGACCUAAGCUCAUGGAGGUGGACGAAGGAGAGAGCACCUUCCACUCCCUUCCCACUUUUUCAGGCCGGACAGAAGAGGAUUUGGACCCAGCGAGCUCCCGGCGUCGACACAAGUCCCAGCCGCACGCAAACAAUGAGAAGGUCUUCCCCUUCAACGUGGAUGAUGAUGGCAUCCGCACCACUGACGUCUAGCUUCGAUCAGGUGAAGAGAUGUGCAGAAUAAACUGGCAUCAGUUCAUGGAAGUUCUCUGCAUUCUUAACGCUGUUCUUGGUCUUGUGUGUGUUUGCGGUAUGAGCUACUAUGGCAACAAAGUCCAGUAGUAAUUGCCUAAAUAGUUUAAAAGAAUUGUUAUACAGUUAGUCUAAUGAAGGAAAGACUGACGAGGAGUUACAGACUUCUGUAUAUUCUUAUAAACAUCCAGUUCGUCACAUCAGUUGGAAGAGCAUUCCGUAUUUUACUCUAAGGUUCUGUGAAGGAAGUACUCUUUAUACUAACGUUAAAAUGCUGUUCUCAUAGAUAGUCUUGCGCGUGGUACACAUUUGUUCUAGUUGUCACUCUACAUUGAUGUGUGGAUUGAGUGAAGACUAGGUAAAUGGAUGUAAAAAUGUGUGGGGUGGGAGGGGGGCGUCAGAAAUUUAUCUUGUGAUUCUCAUGCCAGAUGUUGCCAAUUGCCCUUAUCUUGGAAGGAAUACUGGUGAAGUGCCUUUUUACUUUUACUUUAAGUACAGCAAUAAUAACUAAGUCACAUAAGUCAGCAUAACUUUGGGGGGAGGUUUAAAAGCUCCCCCUUCUCUAACUGCUCUCUUGCAAUACAGAACAAAACAUUCAACUGGAAAUUAUGGAAAAUAGUCAUCUUAAAUUAAGUACUGAAGGAUGCACAUCAAUGACAGUUUUACUCCCAUUCAUUGACAGAAAAUAUUUCUCAUUUUUCAUGUUUCACAUCGAUCAACCAUAAGUUUAAACUACAAGUACAGAGCACAUUUUUUGUAAACUGCAAAUACUGAAUUUAGUAGAUGCAUAUUUAGUUGUGCAGUUUUUAGGUCUGCUGUUUCCUUAUUCUUACAGAAAAGUCCAAAUCAACUGUUGUUUUGUGUAUAAUCUACCAUUCUUGAUUAGGUCUUGACCAGUACACAGCAGUACAGGUUUUUCCCCCCAUCGGUUGUACAAGGACCAGGCAUUUCUUGUGAUAUUGCUUCAUGAAUAAUAGCUCAUGUCAUAACUCUCAGAUUAAAUGUUAAGGUUCAAAGCUGCAUUCCAUGUAAAGUUUGUAUUGACACUUUUUUUUUUUUUUUAUGAGGUACGAUGUAUUUGAGAUGUUCAGUGCCUGGUUUCUGAAUGUUUUUAUUGUAAGUGCUUUGAAAUGAAUGGUGAAAAGCUGCAGUUUGUUUUUGUGAAAAAUGUGAGAGAUGAGUAUUUUUAUUAGUGCAAACUUGCAAAUAAAUUGUGGUACUUGGCCUACUUGGAGUAACAAUGUAUAUCAUGGUAUGUCACCAUUUGCCCAGUUGUAUAUUUAUUAUGUAUAUACUUUUUUCAUGUAUACAGAUACUUGUUUUCUCUUUAUGUGAACAUCUAGGAAAAAGUAUGAAUGCAGCAGGUUUUGUGCAACCGGUUGGCUUAAAUUAUGCUGUUACACAUUUUUAAGAAAUCUUUUGCUACAACACAAACUGAUUCCCAUUUUAUUGCACGUCUUGAAUGUAUCUGGCAAUGAUCUUGAAUUUUUAUGCCAUUGUAUUUGCCAAUAUAUUUCUAUGGCAUAUUCUUUGCUGAUGAUAUUUUAAGACUCAACAAUGUGAAAAAUAAAGUUUUCUGUGUUCUUAAGCUUGCUUGUCGUCUUGUGAUUUGUGAACACUCUUGUUUUUGCAAUGUUUCGUGUUCAUUCAAAACUGUUAAUGGGACAAGGAGCUUAAUAUAGCACAUGAAUCACAUUUGAAAUUUGGUUUAUGGUCUGGAGAUGAGCCCUUCCUUGGGGGGAAAACUAGAAUGUAUGAAUCGGAUGAAACUGUGGCACAGCCAGUAGCGCUAGUGUCUCAGUGCCUGGGUGAUGCGAGAGGA